AUGAGCGAACAGCAUCUGCCACAAGGCUACAAUCUGCGUCCACUAGAAAAGGAAGAUUUUUCCAGGGGAUACCUGCAAACAUUGGAAACUUUGACAUCGGUAGGUGAUGUAGAUCAGGAGCACUUCAAUGACAUAGUUGAUUACUGGAAGUCACAGCCCAAAACUUACAAAAAUAUGGUGAUCACCGAUUACGAAUCCCAAGUGGUGGCGGUUGGGUCAUUGAUUGUGGAGACAAAAUUGAUUCACAGCUGUGCCAAAGUGGGCCAUAUUGAAGAUAUAGCUGUGAGACCCGAUCAGCAAGGAAAAAAGUUGGGUCUGUACCUGAUUCGUCAGCUGAUUGAAUUAGCUAAGGAAGAAGGAUGUUACAAAGCUAUAUUAGAUUGCGACCCAAAAAAUGAGGGAUUCUAUGUGAAAUGCGGAAUGUCCAGAGCUGGACUCGAGAUGGAGUACCGUUUUUAG